UAAAUUUUUAUCAGACUCCACCACCACCAUUGUAUACAUCUCAGUUCCACUCUCUGUAGAAGAAAUAAUUUUACAGCUAUGAUUCGGGCUCGAGGUCGUCCAAGAAAACCCAAUCAAAACCCAGUGUUAGAUUUCCGUUCAGUUCAAGAUGAAGCUUGGUAUACAGUAGAUAAACCAGUUUACUGCAAGCCAAACAGCACCCUUACUGUAAGAUUCAUGGAUUUUCCUGAUAAAGAUGAAGAUGAGGUAUUCCAUGUCGAAGAUUUCAAGACUGCCAAAGAAUUAGAUGAGUUUGUCAACAGGUUUCGUCCAGCUUGUGUUCAGCUACAGGAUAAAGAGUGUUAUGAUAUGAGACGUGGAUCGUAUGUCUGUGCACUACUUGAAGAAGGUGAAGAAGAACAAAAGUUCUAUAAUGGCGUCAUUGAAUCAAUAGAGCGAGAACUUCACACACGCGAAGGAGGAGAAGAGAUCUGUUCUUGUAUAUAUGUGGUUGGCUGGCUAGAAGGUCCAAGGAAAAAUUGUACUCAACAAAUGGGGCUUAAGCGUAUCUGUAAACUUCAACCAGGAUCGCCAUUAUUUGAUCCAGCGCUGGCAUCUUUCGUGAAGAUGGCACGAACACAGCUAAUUUGAUUUGGUAUCAAAUGAUAGUCUUGUGCCAGUCGAUAAGAUAAGAAUGAUGUAUAAUGUUUGAAUUUGCUAGUACUGCCAAUGAAAGAUAAAGGGGUUAGUAGUUAGGAUUAUUCAAUUCGGUGGAAUUAUAUGUACUGCUAUAUCUUUUAGGACAACUCGAGCGAAUUAAUAUCCACCUAAUAACAUCGGUAAAUUUUGGGUGUCACUCUUAAGCAUAUGAUCAAAUGAUCAAAUGCUUACUACUAACAAAGUUAAUGGUUUUAAUAGUUUAAACGAAUAAUAAAAACCAAGACAAACUA